AUUUCGAACUUUCAUGAUACGAUUAUAGCGAAGCCUACUACAUACAUAUAUGCACUCGGCUCUUCUACGCUCGACAUUUGUUUUACAAUUCUUCUGAAAGUUCAGCAUUCCUGUUUCUUUCGAAACGUCUCUGAACGAGAUGAGCCUGUCCGAUAAAGAACGCGAUUCGAAGUCGUCGGUGUUCUCGUCGUCGCGAACCUCCUCGCUCGAACCGAUCGAGAGAGAUUCGGAUAAAUCUGUCGGCCGUUCGAUCUCGAAGAGCGCGGUAGAUUUUUCGAGGUUCGCUCGAAUCGACCGAUCAGACGGAAUUAGAAAUUGCGUCCGGGUCUCUUUUCCAGGGAUCCGAUCGAGGAACAAUUCGCGGAGGAAAGACGCGUUUCUUCGGAAAUAUCGGAGCUAUCGUACGAGGAGUACAAGGAGGAGGAGGAGCCGGAGGAUAAAGCGGCGCGAAGGCAUCGCAGCAAAUCGAUCGACGAACCGCAUCGCGUAUUGUCCUUGGUUGAAAAAUGGCAAGAUUGGCAGGUUAUUUCACCGUUCUCCUCAACGGUCGCACGAUUCGGUUAACGACGCUUGCGAGAUCUUCUAGUCUCGUCGAAUCUGCGGCCGUUUCCCCGAUAUGAUCGAGCUUUUCGAAUUCGAAUCUGCUUCGGUGUAGAAAGCGACCCCGGUCGCGGCCAAGAAACGUGGCAAGAAGAUGAAGAAAAAAAAGGGCGAGAAAGGUUCGCCAAAGGCGAAAGGAAAGUCCGAGAAAACCGAGAGAACUCCGACGGACGUCGAAGAACCUGAAAUCAAGGAUCGGAUGAUAAAGGAUAUGCGAGAGGAGAUACGGUUGGAAGAAUACAACGAGAAAGAGAAACCGCGUUUGGAGACGGAGGAAGCGGCGAUUCGACUGAAGCAGCUGGAGCAAACUGCCCGUGUCCUCUCGUCGCACCGCAAGGCGUACGCGGAGUACGAGCGGAUCCUCGAACAGCAGGAACGCUGGGCCCGUUACAUGACUUGCGACGGUCUACCGGAUCCCGGAUCCUUGUCCGAGACCAACGCCUUCGUCUACCUUUGGUCGUUGGAGGAAGAAGAGGCGACCAUGGACACUGUGGAAGAAAGGUGUCGAGUAAUAACCCGCCUGUUGAGUAAGCUGGAGGAGAUCGCUGGGUUUUCCAGCGCAGUUACGGAGAAGUACGAAGCGGAAUACAAAGAGAUCGCGAGCGAACUGCGAAGGAGGCUACAAAGGUGGAUAGAUUUCGCUUGCUAUCAUCUGCUCCGUAACAUCGAAGCGAACAUGAUAAGAGAGGACACGAAGACGACCAGAUACGUCCGCGCGACGAACAACGCGGUGUGCUGUUUCUGGGCACCGAUCAUCUUGCCUGUUGGACUGAAACGACCCAUCACGGCCAAAGAACAGAAGUCGAUCGAGAUACGGUUCGCGGAGAUGGACGCGACGAUCAAGCUUCCGGUGGACGUCGAUUGCCACCGCAUGGCGAUCAGAGGACUCUGGCUAACUUACGAUCAUUAUUCGAUGGAAACGCGCUCUUAUCGAAUUCCUCAGCUCCCUGAUCGCUUGCUGGAGCUAUGGGGUAGUUUCCCUGACCUCGUCGAGUUCGAGAGAAAGGAACUCGAAGAGAAGCUUCGUAUAUGGGAAGAGCAAGCGGAAGGGCGACGCUUGCGGCUGGAGGAGAAACAAGCGAUCCUAGAGCGGAUAGUCAAUCCGCCGCCGGUUGCACCAGUUAAACGGGGCAAUAAAGGGGAAGAAAAAAAAACGCCUCGAUCCCCUGGCAAGGAUCAGGCGAUGUCACCGGCCUCGUUGUUGCCUUUGAAAACGGAACUGUUACCUUACUUGCCCACCGCGAACGAAAUCAUUCGUGAGAGGGAAGACGACGCCAGAUUGGAAGUUAGAAAAUUAUUGUUCACUCGAUGCGAGACGACCGAAGUGAACUUGCGAAAAUACAGAAUUCUCGGCGGAGUGUUUCGCGUGGAUCUUCUUUAUCAACCGCCGCAACCGAAGGACCUCGGGAAAGAAACUUAUCUAACAUCUCUCGAGUUGCCGAAGGAGCCCAAGUUCGUCGCGUUCUCCAGACGAUACGAGACCCCGCAGCCGGCUCCUGACUCGGAGAGGACACCGGAAGUAAUCGAGGCAGAAAUGAAAGCGCUGGAAGCAGCGAUGGAGGCGCUGGUUUUGAUCACUCUUAGAUUACCCAGUUCGAUUCUCUGGUUCGAACCACCGUUGAUCGCCCAGUGGAUACCGGAAAAGGAAAUCUGGUCAACGAAGCACGUUCACGACGUGAAAUUCAACGAGGAGCAACAGACGAUCGCGUUUAGGAGCGGAAGGUUGGGCGUUCACGGGUUGGCCGCCUAUAAAUUUUCUAAUCUUCCCUUUCAGAGCUGGGAAAUGAAACCGGAAUCAGGAAAGAGCGGCCGCGAUUACGGCGGGGUGGUGCUUGGAAUAACCGCGGCCACUGUACAGGCCGAAUUCGUGAUCAGGGAAGAUCGAGUCUGUUUAAACUCGCUGACCGGCCACGCGAAUAAUCCUCUGAAAGGAAUCCUCGGUGAAUACGACGAGUUAGAACGGCUGAUCGAGCGACUGCAACAACUCGGAUGCGAUCUUUUCCCGGAUCGAGACGCGGUUGCUUAUCUAACGGGAAUCAAUACGAAACAUCCGGCCGCGGAGAACCAUCUGCGGCAAUGUAUGGCGAUUCUUUCCACCACGUAUACCUUCGCCUGGUCACGAUGGAACGCGACUCGUGAUUUUCGACAGAUAGUUUUGCAGUUCAAGGAGAUGCACGGUUGCGUGGCUAAAGAGCUUACCAAUCAGACGCUUUUGGUAACGCCAUCGCGAACCAUGCGCGUCCGUUGCACCGAGGUCAGUCCCGAGUUUUCCGACUUACCGUACGACGACCAAAGCACCGGCGAGUAUUACGCCGACCUGUAUCAGCUGGCAUUGAACACGGCGGGUAUCAAGACCCGGCUUUCGAUGAAAAGGAUCUCUUAUAAAUUGGUAUCGACCGUCGUUCGGCUCCUCGAACGUACCAACGUUAUAGGCAUGUCCUCAUGAUUCAUUAGUUCUGCUUUCUGAUUCGUACCGUUUCAGCAAUUAACAGAAAUAAACCGAUACGACGAGUGCUUUCCAAACGAAAUUCUCUUUAUUCGGAUAUACAACGUAUCUCGAGCAUCAAGCGAUAUUCUGGAAAUAAUAAAUGCAUCUGUUCGAUUUGUUCGUAAACGUAAAACGAUAUCUCGAAGGAAACACACAGCGAUAUCGAGCUUACGGCUAAGCGGCAAAGAGUUAAUUGAUGCGCUUCGACGGGUUAGGUAUGGAUGAAAAGGGGGAUAUAAGGAGGGUGUUUGUUCGCGGUCUACCUAGAGGGUAGAAGGUGGGCGGGGGUGGGUAAGAGGUUCGGGAUACAACAGGGAAUAACUACGACACGGAAACGAUAGAGCGUCGAAGCGGUCGCGAGCGACGGGGCUGGUACGCGGAUCUCGUAACGAUCCGCGACAACGAGCAACCAGCAACCAGCAACCGCUGUUGCUGCAGCCGGAAAACGCGAACACGCUUGCCCGCUUUCUUUCACUUUCGUUCAACAUUCGCGAAUACGUGGAAUUUGAGAUUCGAUCCAUUCACCCGGCACCAUCCAAAUUUAACGAACGCGUAUGCAAUACGAAGCUAAAAAAUAUAUAGUGUUGCGCGCUACGAGGGCCGGAUACGCGUCAGAGCUGUCUCGACUUACACGUACCACCGAACCAACCAACUAACGAUCGAUCGCCCUGAACCGUCCCUCCUCUCUCCACCCUCUACCCUCCACAACCACCUCCUCCACCCUCUCGUUCCACCUUGUUUCGUUUUCCUUUUCCCUUCCCGCCUGCUACCACUUUUCCCGUCUCCCGACCAUACCAUUUUUCCUCCCGUUUUCCAACAGUCUGAACGCGACAUUAUGAGAAAAAAAAGCACCCUUUUAUCAUUUUUCUUUUUUUGUUUUGUUCCCUUUCCAGGCAAAUCGUUCGAGCGGCUCUAUCGCGUAUCCAGUAAGCGAACGCCGCACCACUUUAUGUCGGCUACAUUUUCUAACUAAUUGUAUUUUCCUACGUUUUCUGCCCUCUAUCUCUUCACCGUUCGACACGCGUUCAAACUUGCCUAAAUUCUCAUCUCUCACUAUAUCAUUUGUUUCCGUCCGAGUUGAAUUCACCAGAUGGACUCGACCCGCUUUCCUCCCUUCUCCGUCGCUCUUCGCCAUCUCCUGAGUUUUCGAUGAAAGAAAUUUAGAGAAAGAGAAAGAAUGAGAAGAUAGGAGAGCGAAAGAUUUGACACGAUCGACCGAUCGGCGGAAUCCGUAACUCGGACUUGGUAAACGAGUUGGCUCGCUAAGCUCGUAAACGUAGAGCAGCAAAGUGUUCCCGCGCCUAAUUAAAAUCUUAACGCUCGCUAUAUCGUUAUCGCAGACUGAAACUUGUCUCGCAAGCUGCUUACGAUUGAGGUAAUCCAUGGUAUAAGGCCCAAUUCGCAUCCAGUUCGAACUAACGCGUACUUAGCUGUAUACACACUACUACGUAUCUCAACGAAUCGUUUGACUCUACGAGUUGUUUUAUCUUUUUUUUUUUUUUUUUUUU